AUGGUUCGUUACGCUGCUACCCCAGUUAACCCAGCUAAGUCUGCCUCUGCUCGUGGUGCCUACUUGAGAGUUUCUUUCAAGAACACCAGAGAAACUGCCCAAGCCAUCAACGGUUGGAACUUGGAGAAGGCUCAAAAGUACUUGGAAGAUGUCUUGGACCACAAGAGAGCCAUUCCAUUCAGAAGAUUCAACCACUCCAUUGGUAGAACUGCUCAAGGUAAGGAAUGGGGCGUCCAAAAGGCUAGAUGGCCUGUCAAGUCCGUUAACUACGUUAAGGACUUGUUGAAGAACGCUCAAUCCAACGCUGAGGCUAAGGGUUUGGAAGUCUCCAAGUUGAAGAUCACCCACAUCCAAGUUAACCAAGCUCCAAAGCAAAGAAGAAGAACUUACAGAGCUCACGGUAGAGUCAACGCUUACCAAUCUUCUCCAUCUCACAUUGAACUUAUUGUCACUGAGGAAGAAGAGGAAGUUGCCAAGGCUGAGGACUCUAAGAAGGUCAGAUUGAACUCUAGACAAAAGGGUAGAUUGGCUUUCCAAAAGCGUAUUGCUGCUUAA